GGCGUCCAAGCGGGGUGGGUGGGGUGACCGGGAAGUGAGAUCUGAGACUCAGAAGUGUCUAGACCAGACUGGGGUGUAAAGGCUGCAGAAACAACUGAACAUGUGGAAUCCUGGUGCUGGGCAUCCAGGACCAAAUCCAUAUCCCCCUAACAUGGGGUAUCCUGGUGCUUCCAGUCCUGCACAUCCACCACCACCUGUCAAUCCUGCCUUUCCUCCACCUCCCUGCCCCACCCCUCCAGGAGUUCCCCAUGGGAAUCCAGCCUUUCCCCCAGGUGGAACCCCUUAUUCUGUGCCACAACCAGGGUACCCAGGAUACCAACCACAAGGCCCCUAUCCCCCUCCAUACCCACCACCUGCCCCUUGCAUGCCUUCUGUGAAUCCCUUGGCUCCUGGCAUGGUAGGACCUGGAAUGGUGAUGGACAAGAAGAUGCGGAAGAAGAUGAAGAAAGCUCAUAAAAAGACGCACAAACAGCACAAGCACGGCAAGCAUUCCUCCUCCUCCUCUUCCAGCAGUGACUCUGAUUGAAUGCAGGGUCUGGACCCUCCCCUCAAGUCUCUCCAGUCCUGCUCUCCCAUCAAGCUUCAGAUACCAUCUUGUACCAGGGGAAACUGUCCCUCGUGUCAUCCCCCCUCCCCACCACCACCACCACCCUGCCCGACCACUCGCACCUCACCCUGCUACUCAGCUCUAACCUGCUUAGGCAAAUAUGCACAGAAUUGUGGGUUAGCAGAGGCUGUCUUGUCACUGCUUGGUUAGACUUUCAGCAAAAUAAUUGUAUUUUUCUUUAAGGUGGUGAGACCUUUGAGUUAAACAAUGAAGACAAGUCUUAAGAGCGAAACAUCUUUUUAAUUACUUGUGAUUGGGGAGGAGUUGUGGAAAUUUCAUUACUGGUGGGAAAAACCAGUACCUUUUUUUGUAAUGCCACACUUGUGAUUUAAUGGCAAACAGUGCCCAGCAGACCUGCCAUUGAUUGCAAGGCGACUGGGAAAUGUCCUUUUGGUUGAUGGAGCCUGCGGUUUGGGGAUCUGGUCCCUACUACAGCCAGAUCAGUUCACUAUCUCAGGUUCUCCACUCCUCCUCCAGCUCUCAAUUCAAAUAAAGCUUUCUCUUGGCUUCCCUUCA